AUGCUGGAUGAAGACUACGAGGUUUACCGCAACUCGUGGAAGGAGGGAGUUAGGUGUGGCGAAAUGACGGUCAAGUUGGAUCUGUGUUCUGCUACCCAGGUGUUUCAACGGAAGACUACUUGUGCCGAGUGGGCCGAGGCUACCAGCGGCCGAAAGGAAUCUUGCUGCAGCUCCGUUGCUGCUCGCACCAUCACUUUUCCCUUUUCGGUCAUGAUGGCUACUACGAGGCCCAAACGACCACCUUCUCCGCUUCGAGAGCUCCAUCAGUUCAUGCUUGCAGACGUUUCUGCCCUGGUGGAGAAAUAUGGCCCCCUGAUCCGGAUCGCAGCCAACAAGGUCCUCUGUACUGACGUAGACACCAUCUACUGGAUUUCAAGUGUCCGAUCGGACUACAGAAAAUAUUCAGGGAAAGGAGUUGCGCAGUUCGAGGAGGUGAACUUCAUGAACCUUGACGAGAAGACACAUUUCUACGCGCUCGACGCCAUCGGCGAGAUUGCCUGGAACGAUCCUCGGACGAUCCGAAAGUGGCCGUUCUACUACCUGCUCCCAAAUGACGGAUCGGAGACCGGAUUUGGGGCCAUCGUCUGCAACGCGAAGAAGAUCGUCGCCAAACGCUUGAGACCCAACGCCGAUCCCAAGCGUGACAUGCUGGAGUCAUUCAUGGACCAAGGCCUACGAGGCGAAGAGCUCGUCCAAGAACUCGACGCCGUUACCGUCGCCGCCGCCGCUUCCGAUAGCGGCCCAACGGCCGCGUCCCCCGUCCCCCUCCUCCGCGACGCCCAGGCGCGCCCCCUUCCCUACCUGCAGGCCGUGAUCCGCGAGGUCCUCCGGCUCUUUCCGCCCCUCUGCGCGCCCCCGGUCUACAAGGAGAUGCCCCGGGGCGGGGACACGCUGUGCGGGCAGGCCCUGCCGGGGGGCACCCUCGUGGCCACGGGCAACCAGCAGUGGCAGGCCGGGCGCGCCAUCGCGCUCGUGGAGGCGAGAAAGGUCAUUGGCGAGCUGGUGAGACGAUACAACUGGUCGCUGGCCAACCCGCUCGAUCCUCCAAGAAUCUAUAAUAAUGUGGUUUGGGUGGUGCGUGAUCUCUGGGUCAAGGCUGAGCGGAGGUAA